UGGGGGAUCUUUCUUGGAUUGUACAGACAAAAAGGAACAGCAUCAGGGCGAAGUGUUAUGUGGCAUUCAGUCUUCAGCUUUCCCAGUACGCUGAAGAGCGCUGGAAAUUUGGCUUGGAAAUGUGUUAGCCCCGAGUUCACCUCUUCGACAUCUUUGUUAGCAUGUCUCACGAGCCCUAGUUCAACACAGGCUCUCCUGCUGAGUAACGAACACUUCUGGUUAUGCACCACAUAUAUAAGCUCAGUUAACUUUGAUUGUCUGUACUUUAGUGUCUCAUAGAACAGACCUUUCACAGGCAGUUGAGUGUUUCCAGGACUGCUCAGAACCUGGGAUGUCUUGGUUACUUCAACAUCUGUAGCCUCUGGACAUCAUCACUAAGAACAGUCACUGUCGCCCCCGAGUUUGAAGCGUGUUGGACGACCAUUCACUCCUAUCUGUGCAGACCAAUAGUUCUUGUCACUGCCAAUCUCACCGAGGAAGUGUAUGUCUUCCUCCUCUUCUUCUUCUACUGCUUGUACCUUUCUUGGAUAAGGUUUCUAGCCGAGACAGACAGACUGGAUAUGUCCCUUUUUGUUGCAGUUACUACCAAUAGUGUCUCUAGCUGGGCAAGACUUCCUGUCAUGGUUCUGGCGUCCACACCAAAAACAUGGACGGUCGUUCUUAGCGGG